GGAAAAGAAGAGCUCGUCUGAUUUAACUUCGCAUCAUGUGGCUACUCGUUUUAGGCAUUUGUUUCAUAGCUUCCCAUAUCAUGGCUGUACCGUCAUGGGACUACGAGGAUACCUCUAAUUGGUGUACAUCCUUUCCGGAUUGCUGUCCAGAAAAGGUUCGCCAAUCUCCUAUCGACAUUAUGUUGAGCAAAGCCACAAAAAAGUCCCUUGGUCCAAUCAUGCACAGCAUGGCCACCCUCUCUCCCAUUACGGGCACGGUCAAAAAUAACGGGCACACACUUCAGUUUGACUUGCCAGAAGAGGAAAUUGAAAAGCUGGAUCGACUCAUAACUGGGGGUCCAUUAGGAUCGGACAGCUAUCAAUUGGCUCAAUUUCAUUUCCAUUGGGGUAGAACCCAAAGAACGGGUUCGGAACAUGCUUUAGAUGGACAAUUCUUUCCCGCCGAGGUCCAUUUUGUCCAUUUCAACACCAAAUACGAUGAUCUUAUGAUGGCUGCAUCGGAGGAGGAUGGAAUUUCAGUCAUUGGAAUGUUUAUCGAGGUUGAAGAGGCCGUUUCCGAAGCGUUUAUGCCUAUUGUCGAAAAGACUAGAGACAUCCGAGUUCCAGAGAGUGAAGCCUCUGAAGUGACUAUCGAUCUGGCUAAAAUCUACAGCCAAGUGGCUGACCCGCAAAAAUACACGUCGUAUCUUGGAUCGCUUACAACUCCUGGCUGUAACGAAGUUGUUACGUGGAUCAACUUGCUCGAUCCCAUUAAAAUUGGCCGAGUCGAUCUGAAAUUCGUCCGUUUGUUGCGAGAGACGACCAAUAAAGCGAGAUUGGUGAACAACUUCCGAGCUCUCCAGAAUAACACACAAACUGUUUUUAUGAACAUGGCUUGAAUUAAGUCAAUACCUCAUUGAAUCACACCUCGAACAAAUUACGGACUGAUAUUCGAAUGUCAAUCGCCACGUUUUCUCAGAACUUAUUUGAAAUGACACUGUGAACAAAUACAUACCUUAAA